AUGGGUGAUUCUCGACUGAAUCACCUUGGCAGUGUUCUCGAGUCAAAAAACGCUACAUUACGGCGAGAAGCUGCGGUAGCAUUCGGAAAAUAUUGCCUUUCGGACGAUAAAGUGGCCGAGAUCCUCUUGAAAUACAUUUGUUCGACGUCAUGGGAUGCACGUGUAGCGGCUGCCGAUGCUCUUCAUUGUCUUCUGAAGAACAUGGAGGCUUUCACUGGAAAGGUUGAAGAGGUUCCUGUCAGCGCUUCGCUACGUGACAUUGAAGCAGCUCACGUUCUGAAGACGUAUAAACCGUUGUUAAGUGACGAUGGAGCAGCUCUCAGUGCGAGCACAUCCGGGAUACGAGUGAGCGCCCAGCAGCAACGGCAGCUACUUGACCAGCAUCUUGACAUGAGCGCUGCCAUAGGUGUUACCUCAGCAGGUUUUGUCAACGAUCUCGAUAUUUUACCUCGGAGUAGUAGCAAUUCUCCGCGGCAUGAAGCUGAAGAACUCCUUACCACCGACUGCUCCAAACUAAACGCUGAGGUUAAAGUGGAAGCUUUCGAAGACACUGAUAGAAUUGAACUUUCUUCUCAGAUUGCGUUCUUGAAGUUUUUUUGCAGACUUCUACCUUUACUGGCCGAUCAACGAUGGCAGUGUAGGCAUGGUGCAGCAAUAACGAUAGCCAAAAUAUUAUCUACUUCAUAUUCCAGGAGAGAUGCGUGUGAGAAAGGAGAAGCUGUACUCCUGAUUACUCCCAAAAUUCUCGAAAAUGUUGAUAGGAUACCUCUUCCUCUUGUCGAUUCAUGCGCUUUACAACUACUUCAUGUUUUAAUUCUUGAUCAGUUCAACGAUUUUGUCUCAGAACUGGCACGUGUAGGCAAAGUGCUCUACUUUGUAUUUAAAUAUUUCUUUGCUGUCAACUUCUUCUGGCGACUUUCUGACUGCUUUAAUUCGGUGGUGAAAAGCUUGGACAUACAGUUGAUGACCUAUCGAAUAAUGUUCGUUUCAGCUUCGCUCUGGAUGGAACGCUUAGCUGUAAGAUUGAUUAGCAUAGUAGAGACUUGGAAUGCGGCUAGAAGAAAAUGUUGUGCUUUUCCGUUUGUAAUGGGAAGGUUUUCUUGCAGAGAACAGAUUAUGAUCAUUGUAAGUAUGCUUGAUGAGCAGUUUCAAUCGAGAUCGCAGAAGAUCGUUACUCUUCUCUUUACAGCUUUUAAACGAGACUCAGGGGUGUUAAACAGUGAAGAUAUUCUAAUGAUUUUGAAGUUAUUUUAUCGUGUUUUUUUGUUCUCUGCACCAGCUAAUGACAUGUUAUUAUUAGAGAACGUUUAUAUUACAUCGAAGAUGCUUAUAGCAAAUUAUGGGUCGAUAUUGGUCAAAUCGAGGGUACUUUUGGAUAAAAUAGGACCUUGGGCAGGAUGUCUGCUUUUGGAUCAUCGAAGUGCUGUCAUAGAUGUUUUCACUUACUGCGUUGAUUCUCGAGCAAGCACACGUGAUGAUCCGUUGGAGAGAAUGGCUAGCGAAGAAGUGCGGUGUCUCACAGAUAAGGAAAAAGAUGACGUCUACAUAACUCGCAAGAUAAUCGCCGCGAAAUUUCUUGCCACUAUUAUUCAUUUGCAUUACGAAAGUGGAAUAGAAGUAGAUGGCCAACCGGUAACUGAAGCAAUACAACUCUUGUUUGUUCCUUUCUUGCGGUCUAAUCUGCUGUACCACAAUCUUGGCGCCGCUGUCAUUUUGAAUGAAUGGGCUGCUGUAUAUAGAGAUUCUCUGAAUAAAGGCGUACAGAUUGACGCUCCCGUCACUAUUCUUCAGAUUUGCGAUGCGUUUCUGCGAGCUCCUACCAAGAACUAUGACGAACUUGCCUCGGCAGUCAAUCAUCUCACGAUGGAUUGCAAGGAGUUCGUCGACUACUGCGUAAAUCGUGGUGUGGAUAGAAAUCAGUUAUGCAUGGGAGAUUCAGUUUCGGCCGAGGAAAUCAGCAAAAUGGCAUUCGAAAAAUGUCUUGGCAUUCUGACCGCUCCCAAUCACAUCGAGUCACUCACCACUCGUUAUAAUGUUCUGGUAGAUCUGAUAGAAUUCACGAAAUUGGCGGUUAAGACAAACACUACCAGAGUAGCUGCUUUUUUGGCAUCGGCUCUGUUUUAUUUUGGCUUUGCACCCGAAAAGCUGACUCCCAUGGUACGACCACUUGUAGAGUGUAUGCAAAAUGAGCACAAUUCCACUGUAUCUGCUGAGAUUUUUCGUGGAGCAGUGACAUUAAUGAUCGCGUAUAGUUGGCCGAGGACGCCAAGACCAUACGUCAAGGUUCAAUUCUUUUUUUAA